AUGCGCCGAGGAGUCUCCGGAGGGCAGAAAAAGCGGGUUACCACCGCCGAAGCACUCCUGGGUGCAAAGCAAGUCCUCCUAUUGGACGAGAUUUCCACCGGUCUCGAUUCCGCCACCACUUACCAGAUCACCCGGUGCCUGCGCAACCUCACGCACUUAACUAAUACCACCACCCUCAUCUCCCUGCUGCAACCCGCGCCCGAAACCUUUGAGCUGUUUGAUGACGUCAUGCUGAUGUCAGAGGGGCGGAUCGUGUACCACGGGCCCAGGGAGGAGGUGCUGGGAUUCUUCCGGGAAAUGGGGUUUGCGCCGCCCGCCCGCAAGGGAGUGGCUGACUUCCUGCAAGAGGUGAGUAUCACAGGAGGAGAGGAGAAGCAGCGGCAACGGAAAACAGCUUCGUUUUUGAGCGAUGGGGACGCGAGUGAUGGCGGUGGGGUGGUGAGUGCAGUUAGCAGCCCUGGCGGAGGAGAGAAACAGCGGCAGAGGAAAGCGGUUUCGUUUUUGAGUGAUGGGGACGCGAGUGAUAGUGGGGUGGUGAGCGCAGGUAGCGGCACAAGAGGAGGAGAGGCUGGAGGAGAGGAGAAGCAGCGGCAGAGAAAACCAGUUUCAUUCUUGAGCGAUGGGGAUGCGAGUGAAGGUGCAGCGGGCAUGACUGCGAGUGGAGGGGAUAUAGGCCAGCACGGCAUGGUCCUCCCCUUUGAUCCGCUCACCCUCUCCUUCCACAACGUGAACUACUAUGUCGACAUGCCCGCCGAGCUAAAAGACAAGGCCGCGCCGCCCGGCCAGCGGCUGCAGCUGUUGCAUAAUGUGUCCGGCGUGUUUCGUCCCGGAGUGCUGACCGCCCUGAUGGGGGUGUCUGGGGCAGGGAAGACCACGCUAAUGGACGUGCUGGCAGGGAGGAAGACCGGGGGGUACAUUGAAGGGGAUAUCCGCGUGUCUGGAUACCCGAAAGUGCAGGAGACGUUUCUGAGGGUGUCGGGGUAUUGUGAGCAGGUGGACAUUCACACGCCCCAGGUGACCGUGCAUGAGUCUCUGCUCUACUCCGCCUGGCUGCGCCUGCCUGAGGAGAUCGGCCGGGAUGUCAUCCUGGAAUUCGUGGAGGAGGUGAUGGGGUUGGUGGAGUUAGAACCGGAAUUCGUGGAGGAGGUGGAGGAGCUGGUGGAGUUAGAUGCGGUGAAGGGAGCGCUGGUGGGGACGGCGGGGCAGGACGGGCUGUCGGUGGAGCAGAGGAAGCGGCUGACCAUCGCAGUGGAGCUCGUAGCCAACCCGUCAAUCAUCUUCAUGGAUGAACCCACCUCAGGCCUGGAUGCGAGGGCAGCGGCCAUAGUGAUGAGGGCGGUGCGCAACACAGUCAACACAGGCCGCACAGUCGUGUGCACCAUCCACCAGCCGUCCAUCGACAUCUUCGAGGCGUUUGAUGAGGUAGGGAGUCAAAUAUGGCAUGUUGGAAUGGUGUUGCACAGUGGACAUGAGAUCGCACAGUCGUGUGCACCAUCCACCAGCCGUCCAUCGACAUCUUCGAGGCGUUUGAUGAGGUAG